AUGCGAAAACAACCAAUGGAUGUUGAUGAUUCAACAAAUCCUCGAAAUACUUUAGAUCAUGGACAUAGUACAUUCAAUCGGUAUGCAACAAAAAAAACUUUGGCUAAUAGUAGUUUUGAAAUAGCAUUACUUGUAACAAAUGCUGUUCAAUUAAAAACACUUCUUGGAAAUAAAACAACUCAAGAUGCACUUUGGUACGUUGGUCUUUCGCUUGUUUGUGUAUCAUUAUUUAUUCAAGUUAUAAAUGCAUGUAUUUUGGUUUUAAUGGGUACUGAUGAUAUAUCAAAAGAACGUCGACAACAUCGUUUAAUAUCAUUAAAUAAUUUUUCACUUAUUUUAUCUGUACUACUAGCGAUUGUAAAUGUUGUACUUAAUAUAAUCGUUGCUGUUGAUCCACAAAUUUUAGCAACAACAAUAAAUGCAACUAAAUUACCUUAA